AAAAAAUACAAGACAAGAAGAACAGUUUGAAUGGGACUUUCUGUGCUCUACGCAAGUCUUAAUUGUUUUGGAUGAUUCGCAGAAGACGACGAACAACAACAACUUUAACCACCGUUACUCUCUUUCUUACCCUUUUGGUAAGUUUAACUUGAUAAAUCAUUUCAUGUAUUUGUUCUAUUGAUUGAAUCCUUAGUUAGAUUGCGUUCAUUUGCGUGAUCGGCUACUUUUCUGAAUUUUUUGGGCGAAAUCGCUGUUGCCCAGGUUAUUAUUUUUGGUUUUAAUGAUUUGGGUGUCACUAAUUUUUGUGGUUUUUCCUUAUUUAAAAGUCAAUUGCCUUAAAGCUUGUGUGGUUCGCAUGGUUAGAUCAUAAAGCUUCAGUUUGGAUUAAGAUUGCUUCUAAUUUGGGAUGCUUUAGAAGAAGAGAAGCAUAUGUAAUUGGAGUUUUAGCUUUCUCAGGGUAUGGAUUUGCAUAGUAACCCUCCAUCCGAACUGGGGAAAUUGGAACAUAUCGUUUCUCAAUUUCUUUUGAAGAGCUUGCAUAUUAUUUUGGACUCUAGGAUUCCUUCUUUGCGCCCUCAUGAUCGUAGUGGCGACCUUUCGUCGGUAUCUCGAGUGAAAAAGAGUGACAAAUGGUUCAACUUAAUACGAGGAGAUCGCCCUGCAGCAUUAGAAAAUUUGAAUUUUUGGCAUAGAAAUGUGGUGGAUCCGAUGAUAAUCGACAUAAUACUUGUUCAUGAAGGGCUCAACUCUUCAUCCGUGGACAAUCUAUACACUGCAUCAACAGUCGGGACGCCUGCUGAGACGGUUAUAGAGAGGUGGGUUGUUCAGUAUGAAUCCCCUAGGGUGGUAGCUCCUCAAACUGGUGAAAUGUCUGUCUCUUACAAAAAGACAUAUCAGAAGUCGAUAGUACUUCUACGUGCUCUGUAUUCGCUGAUGAGACUUCUGCCAGCUCACAAGAUCUUUAAACAGCUAACUAGCUCUAGUCAUACUUAUAAUUUUGAUAUUAUUUACAAGGUUUCUUCUUUUGGGGAUCCAUUCACUAGGCCAGAGGAGAAAUUGAUGGAAGAAUAUAGUUUCACGCCCGUGGAGGCUUUUCCUGGCCGUCUUUGUAUGUCUGUAACUUACCAUUCCAGCCUAUCCAAUUUUAAUCUUGAGCCUUCAACAGCAAUGCCGCCUAAGAUAAUUACAGAUUAUGUUGGUAGCCCUGCUACUGACCCUCUGAGAUCUUUCCCUGCUUCAGACAAGGGCGUCCGUGCAACUUCCUUUCCAUUGAGAGGGGUUCAAUCUCCAUCUUCUGCACAGUCUGAACGCCCACACAGCUGGACAAGUGGUUUUCACAGGCCUGGACCCUUUAUUCAGAACCAAACACUUUUUGGAUCUCCACCUGCAUAUCGUCCAUCUCCUACGUCAUCUGAUUUUCCGUCAUCACCUAAUGAUAUGUAUCCUAUCAGAGUCCAAAACCGAUUGCUAAGCUAUCAAAAGACAAUCGGUUUCGAUGAGUAUCAGCUUUCACCUCCAUUUUCAUCGUCUCCAUCUCCAUCUCCAUCUCCAUCUCCCCCUACAUACUUCUACAAUGGUAACCCUAAUUCAAUGCAAGCCCGUAGACAUUCAGAAACUGCCCCUGUAUCUAUUCCAUCAACAAUGACAGCAAGAGGGUCUAGAUACAUUUCUUCCAAUUUUUCCGAUCCAAAUAGAAAUUCUCUUCCUCCGUUAUCCCCCAGAAGCACAAGAAAUGAUACUUCAUCACAGGAGUCUCCAUCUGGGAUCAGGUCAUUACGAAGAUUAGAUCCUUCGAGGGCUGGAGAAACCCCAACUGGAAAUUCAAAUCAUUUCACUGGUCCGAAGGCCUUAAAAGAUAGUAAAGAUGAUUCAGGGCGGUUUUCAGGACCAUUGUCUUCCAGCGACUCACCACGAGUUGGGUUCUCUCCAGGCUCCGGCAGAUUGUCUUUUCAGGAUGACUCAGAUGAUCUUGGCUUCUCAUGUCCUUUUGAUGUUGAUGAUUUACCAGAUUUUCAUCCCAGUCAAAAUCUUUCUGGCAAAAGAUCUUCCGACUCUUCUUCACUGUCGCAGACCAUGGUUCGAAAAUCACAGUCACAUGAUGCAGCUGUUGGUGUUCUUGUUCACAUGCUGAGGAAUGCACCUCCUCUGCGUCAAGAUUCGAGCUGUUACUCAACCAACUCCUUCAAGGCUGAACCUGAUGGUGGAAUCACUACUGCUUCAGGCUUCUUUAUGCCCCGAAAGGCAGCUGAUGCACUCGAAGAGCUUCGAAGUUACAGAGAAAUGAAAGACCUCCUCCUCUCUAAAAGUGGAACUAGGGUGGUUUCCAAAGAAGCAUAGACCUGUAAUUUUAUAUAGGAAAGUGCAUUUGGUUUGGUUACCUCUUACAAAGACUUGAAAAUUUCCAUUUUGGAGAGAGGAUUAGCAGACUUGUACAUAUCCUGAUUGUAAAUUUGUUACAUCAUUGACAGUUUUUUUAUUUAUUUUUAUUGUAAGUUCUCACUUUUUAUUUGUUUUCAAUGUUUUUAAACUUUGAAACAUUAUGCUCAGCUAGCUGGGUUAUUCUUUCAUAUGAAAAUUGUCCUUAAAAAGAGAAAAAGUUGAAUGAAUUAGAAUUAUUUCUAGAA